CUUACUCUCCAUUGGGCUCAUCCGUUGCUUGGUGGGGGAUGAAAGACAAAGAAAGGGAUCAGGGGGCUUUAUGAUCGGAGAAAGGGAAGGGGCGUGGUUGGUGUGUCACUGGGUCGGUGGGGGAACCCUAGGAAGGGGGGGGACGACCCGCCGAAUUCACAUCAGAAAUCGCCAACAUGAACACAAACGAAAUCUUGAAUUGCGUAUAGAAACAAAACGAACCACUUCUAUUCUCGGAGCUGAGGUAUAUGAAGAAUGGCUUUUUGGUCCCUUUCGUCCAGUGGUUAGGACAUCGUCUUUUCAUGUCGAAGACACGGGUUCGAUUCCCGUAAGGGAUAGGUACUCAUUCCCGGCCGGCGGUCUCAUUGCUGAGUGAUCGCUCGCUAUCUGGCUGGAAAAGGUGGUCCGGAAGCUUCCUCUCUCCCAGCAAGCAAGACGAGAUCUAGGUUGGGUUAGGUCUCUCAGUAAUGGACUUCCUUGAAUUCUUCCUUAGCCUUAGAUGUCCUUUCAUAGAUUCUCGAACCUCCGACAGAAAGAAUCUCCAUGCAUGCGUUCUUUCUCUCCUCCCCUCAGCCACACAUCUCUUUCGUUUGCCUGCUUUUGGCCGUUUUUGUUAGGCAUUGAACCCCACCUUAGGUGCUGAGUGGUGUCCUCCCCUCCCUAAUACCUAAUACAUAGUUCCGUCUAUGGAGCCUAAAGCUUCAACCAUGGCAUGGCAGUAAGCAGUAAGUUGGCCCAGUCUCUCGCCGCCUUCUUCUGUGGCCAAGUGGAAGCGGGCCUACCACCUUUCUUUUUCAAGGUUGAGCUUGUUCAAUUGAAGCUAAUGCUGUGCCCUUGUUCAAGAGAAAGCGAGGACUUUCUUUUAGCUACCGGCCCAAACAAAAGAGAUUAGCCUCUUGAUCGAUCGAUUGAUUAGAUCGAAGGGUUGGUGUGGCCGGUACAAGGGGGGGUUGAUUGAAGUGUGAGAUCAGACAGACCGAGCAAGACGCUGCUGCAGGAUUGGACGUCUAUCUAUCUCACCACGUCAAUGACGGCGGAAGGAAUGCCCUUCUUUCUUACGGCUCGUUACCGCAGCGCUCGUUCACUCCAAGUGUAGUGUCUUUUUCAACCAGUAGUGUAUCAGCUCUGGCAUUAUUGAACGAAAGAGAUGCCGGGUCGGUCAAUUGCAUUAGGUAGGAGAUGCAGGACCUGUCAACACCGCAAGUGCAUUCGCUAUUCGAUUCCAUCCUCGAUCCCACCUACCGUAUGUAUCUUCGGUCGGUAUACUUUCUUCUCUAUGUCGCCGUCUCAUCAAUGAGCGUAGAUUGAUAGAGAUGGCUUUUGUGCUGGUCAAUCUGUAUCCCAUUCUUCUGGUAUAGUUUUGUUGGAUCAAAGAUCGGCAGGUGAUCCGUCCUUUCUCCUCUGCCGUGGUUCAUGCAUUCUUCCUUCCACUUACUUGAAUCAAGUUCCAAGGGUGGUCUACGAUCAGCUAGCGCUCAUCCGUUGCUUGUUCGCUCUGGAGUUGCUUGUUCCUUUCGGGCCAUCCGGUUAUUCAUUCUCCACGACUGAAGUGGUUGGUCCACCAGUGACUUUCCAUCUGCAUUAUCUGCUGUCGAGCUAGGUGGUACGGCUGGGCGCUACGUAAAGUCUAAGAGCAGGGCGGGUUACUAAAGUGACAACGCAAGGCUGCUGCUUCAGAGAAUCUUUCAAUAGACAGAGCUUAGUAGAGUGUUGAAGGGUUUGAUAAAACUUUGGCAUUUUCCUUUCUUUUGUAAGGAGCAGGACAGGAUCGGACCAACCCAACCGGCGAUUUCCGACAAGUCUUUCUGAAUUUUUAGAGCAUGAAGCGGAACUACAAGAAAGCUUUCUUUAUCUUUAUGGAUAACCAAUCCAUUUUCAAAUAUAGUUGGGAAACUACCCCCAAGAGACCGUCGUUCGGUCUAACGGCUUCCAUUUUUGGUCAAAUCCUACUAUUUUGAUUUAGCAAUGACCGCCUCUUUUUGGACGAUAGGGCGCGAGCGGCGAAUCUCUUGGUUUCCGUUUUUAACAAAGAAACGGACCAGGGCCUAAUUAUCAUAUAUUCGGGGGUCUCCAACGUGUUGGAGGAGGCCGAAAGAUUUUAAGAUUAUUUAAUAUAGCAGUUCGUGGAGUUUCUGCUGAAUGCAACUCAGGAACCUCUGCGGACUAUAUCCCUUGAACUUCUAUAUCAUUUUUUUGCCAAGUUAAUCAAAGAUUUGGAAAUGGAGGGUUUCGCUUCUGUGCACUAUCAAAUGUUUAUGAAACAUUUGCUUUCUUUCGAAAGUUAUAACAUUUGAAUUUCUCUUACAUUCCACGUUCCCGAAACGGAUCCUAUCAAAUAUUUCACAUUUUCUAUGAUCAUCUCUAUUUCAGGUAUUCGGGGAAUCCUCCUUAAUAGACGAAAUAUUCCUAUUAUGUCAAUGCCAAUUGAAUCAAUGUUAUUAGCUGUGAAUUCGAACUUUUUGGUAUUUUCAGUUUCUUCGGAUGAUAUGAUGGGUCAAUCAUUUGCUUCAUUGGUUCCAACGGUGGCAGCUGCGGAAUCAGCUAUUGGGUCAGCCAUUUUCGUUAUUACUUUCCGAGUCCGAGGGACUAUUGCUGUAGAAUCUAUUAAUAGCAUUCAAGGGGCAGGGCCUUUCUCGCUGGGCGAAUUGAGUUCCACGGAUAUGCAGGAUAGAAAGAUGCUAUUUGCUGCUAUUCCAUCUAUUUGUGCAUCAAGUUCGAAGAAGAUCUCAAUCUAUAAUGAAGAAAUGAUAGUAGCUCGUCGUUUUAUAGGCUUUAUCAUAUUCAGUCGGAAGAGUUUAGGUAAUACUUUAAAAGUGACUCUCGACGGGAGAAUCCAGGCUAUUCAGGAAGAAUCGCAGCAAUUCCCCAAUCCUAACGAAGUAGUUCCUCCGGAAUCCAAUGAACAACAACGAUUACUUAGGAUCAGCUUGCGAAUUUGUGGCACCGUAGUAGAAUCAUUACCAACGGCACGCUGUGCGCCUAAGUGCGAAAAGACAGUGCAAGCUUUGUUAUGCCGAAACCUAAAUGUUAAGUCAGCAACACUUCCAAAUGCCACUUCUUCCCGUCGCAUCCGUCUUCAGGACGAUAUAGUCACAGGUUUUCACUUCUCAGUGAGUGAAAGAUUUGUCCCCGGGUGUACGUUGAAAGCUUCUAUCGUAGAACUAAUUCGAGAGGGCUUGGUGGUCUUAAGAAUGGUUCGGGUGGGGGGUUCUCUUAAGAAUAAAGAAGACGAAUAGAAUCUAAUUCAUGUUCAUGCUAACAGAAGAGCGGAUCCAAUACCAAGACGACUUCUUUCUCAGGAAGUGCAGCAAGUACUUGAGGAAUUGGGGGAUGUCAUGCCCCACGAGUUAGUUGCCAAGUGCCCCCUAGGAGGGCAGUCUACCACAAGAUCGAGUUGGAGUCUGGAGCCAAACCCCCUGCAUUGGCUGGGUUUUGCAGAUGGCCCCAGCAAAGAAGAAACUCCAUGAGCGCCCUAGCUGAUUGUAAAUCGGGGCGCAGGAGAUGAAAUCCGGCCUUACUCGUUUAGGGCGACCCCCCUUUACUAAACCAAAUAAGGGCGCUAGCUUUAGCUAGCGCGCCCAGCAAGCGGAGGGUGGUCGUAGAUCACAAGCAAUCCUUCCGCGCACGUUAGCACGCGCCUGAGCGCUAGCUGAUCGUAGACCAAGUGCUUGGUUGCAUGGGGCGCGUUAGCACACGCAGUAGUU